CUUGGGCUCAACAACAUGGAGUGGGCCUGCCAGGCCCAGGUGUAGUAGACCAAGGCUUGUCGGAUGUCCAUGUCGCGCGAGCAGAACAACAAAAUGAACGAAAUUCUUCAGCACAAGAACUACAGCUAGAAGAAGUCCAAGGAGCGUCGGAGUUGCCCAGAACAGGCACCAUGCUGGUUCAGCAAGAUGUUCCUUCAUCACCGAUUAUCAGUAGUGUGAAUCCUUCUAGAUCCGUGUCGAACACGACCCAAGUUGUACAACAUGAUUUUGUCCUCCGUACUCCUCCGCCACCGCCUACAACGGAAGAAUUAUUCGUGGAUAAGAGCAAUUGCAAUGGAGAAGGUAACACAAGCGCGUACGACGAUGCAUUAGAACAAAAACAGAAAACUCAAGUUCAAGAGUUACUAGAUGCGGAGCAGACGUCUUUUCGUCUAUUACCGGAGAGACUAGACACACCAGAUCCUCCAGAAGGAGUAGAUGGCCAACUUCUAGAAGGAGGCAUAGCAGGAGUGUCCUCAUCUUCAUUUGCUAGCGCAGCUUCAGCUGCUUGUUCCCCGACUUGUAGUCCUGACGUGCAGACUCUGAGGUGUUUGAUGGAACGCUUCAGGGCUUUGAGGAGAUUCGAUUCUAAGGUGGGACCUAAGCUGAGACACCUGUGUGGCUUGCUAGAUACAGCAGAGCGCUAUUGCUUGGACCAUAUGCCACCGGGAAGGGAGGUCGUUAUGAAGGAGGAGGUACUCAUUUUGUUCUUCUGUAGCCAACAGAUUAUAGUUGCGUAAGUAGCCACAAUUACGUUUUCAGUGAUGUCACUCACAGUACAAAUUCGUAUUGAUGAUGAAGCUCAUCGAAAACUAAAUGUUGGGACCACGUUCUCUUCUACAAAAGAGAGCAAGAAUAGAUAUGCUGUAUCAACAUUAUCAAAAUAACUCCAGUGUCAAAUCAACUCCAGUGUCAAAUGAACUCCAGGCUUCGAUACACCAGUGGCCUAAAACCUCCCUGCAGGAGCGCAAAGACUAUACCAAGCAAGAAGGUAAGGAAGCUCGCAGUAAAUCAUCAUCAUCAUCAUCGACUCGGCGUAAUUCAAAGGGUCGCGGUAAGAGUAAGGGGGCAGCAUCCUCGAUGAUCUCAAAGGGUCAACAUGGUAAAGAAGAGGCAGCAACUGCAAAAGAACAAGCAACUGCGAACGUGAAGGGCCAAAAGCGUGGUCGUCAGGACAAGAGCUAUGCUGUCGACUUGUCUUCCAUCAUCACAACCACGAAAGCCAAAAAAGGCAAGAAGAAAAACCUCCAAGACCCUGCUAGUGGUAGUGCACUGCAGAUGAAUAGAGCUGAUGUAAUUGAAGAACAAGAGCCGACGAACAAGGAGCUGCUUGCGAUCACAAACAAGGUUGAAAUUGAAGAGGGGAAUCCACCUCCUUCUUCGAAGAAGGCUUCCAAAAUGUCAAAUACGUCACCACGACCACUUCCUAGAAAAAUGAAGAAGAUCGAUUUCCUGAUGAGCAGCGAUACAAGUUCAAGCGCACCAUCAGAGGAUCUUCUUCAGAAAAAAAGAAGUAAAACGGGUACUGCGACUUUUACUACUUCCGUACAGAACAACAAGGAUCUGAAAAAUAACCAAAACAAGAAGGAAGUCAAAUACUAUGAAGAAUUUCCCUCCUUAGGAGGAGUGAAAAAGCAAGAAGAUGGACAUGCAGACAAGCCGAUUGCUGUUGAGGCACAACCACCAACUAGCGCCUUGUCCUGGGCAAUGCGAGCGAAAGAAGCUUCCACCAAAAACACGAUUACUGGAGCGAGCGACAAUAUAUUCGACGGACCUACAACCAACACAUUCUUCACCACGCCUCCAUCUUCUACUCUUUUCCUGUCCAAAUGGGCUGAACGUAACCUCUCUGUGCGACCUUGGAUACUGCGUGAACUCAAGAAGAUUCGCGAAGAAGCAGAAGGUUUAGCACAAGACACCGCUGGCCGUGAAAGUUUUUGUCAACAAGUAACGGGAUUGAUUCGAACUCUUGGUUUGCCGAUUCAUGGAGGAGCGGGAAAGGCGAAAGCAGUUUUGCAGUUGCAGUGAUUUUCGCAACUUUGGUGCACAUAAGGAAGAGAUUUAGAUUUUUGUACUUUCUGUAUGAGCAGAAAGAGCAACUCAAAAUUCCAAGAAUAGCUAGAAGACUGGUGUUCGUGUUGUACUAACAAAAAUGCGUUACUUUAUUUUUUCAAGAAUCCGUUUUACUUUUGCUUUUGGUUUUUUCAUUUUCUUUUCCUACAUCACUUGUUCCUAGAACGAGUGAUUCCCUGUAAUUUCUAUAGAUUCACUCUGUACACUAUAGCCUCGGAUAAGCAUAUGCAUAAGACAGUUUUUAUAUUGAAUUCGGUGUCGUUGCUCUCCUUUGGAGAUACUACUUGACUGAAGAACGGCCUCAUAUGUACUAGAUGCGAAAUGCUACGAUCGAGGUACCAUACAUGACAAGGCAACCAGGUUUAAGAUUUGAGAUCCAUUGUGUAGGUUACCUGGGGUGUACAAAAUCGGAG